CAACACUGUUUAACAAACUCAUCCGCCAUUAUCGAUAAUUUUAAAGUUGUAUUUGAUAUAAUAAAAAAUUCCUUAGUUCCGUCAGCAAUGUCUAUAAUUUUAAUUAUUCGUGUACGUAAUGCAAAUUCUCGUUCAAGAACAGUAUCAUAAAUUCAAAAGUCAUUGUCUACCACUCAUUAAUUUGGUGGAGAAGUGUUUGAAAAUCAAAAUUUCAAAAACAGAUGCUUUUAUUGAAAUCCUGUUGUAAUAUUACUGCAAUUGUGAACGACUCUACAAUUAAAAAUGAGUGGUAAUGCCGAGGAUGAAAAGGAUUCGCCAAAGGCGGUCCCUUUAGACUUGGCUCGAAAUCAAAUAACUACUGUGAGAACUUUGGAAGGGAAGACUCCCUUAGUUAUGACAAAUCACUCUCUGCGAAACAUGAGAGUUUUAACACAAGGGGUAAGUGGUGCACACCCCUCCUCCAUCAGUGGUCCUACUAUUAUUGCAACCAAUUUAAUGUCUCAAGGAGUCAUUAAGCCAGAUACUUCAAGAACUCAAAUUGCAAGUAUAAUAACUAGUAAUGCUUCACAAGCCCAGGCUACUGGAAAUUUGUCCAGAACCACACAGAUUACUCUCACUACAGCUCCUCAAAAUUUGGGAACCUCGUAUCAUGUUCCCAGAGGUCCAGCUGUUGUUGCAAAUUUGGCUGCCCCUAGAAGCAACGUUUCAACAGUGAGAACACCAAUGGUUGUGUCUGCCCAAAGUGGCCAAACUCACCCUUUUGUACGUCCACCUCGUACUCCAAGCCCCGCAUCUGGUACAGCUUGGCUGACAAAUAGCUCGACAGGUGCACAGAUUAAAGGUACCGCAACUGUCCUGAGUUCACCAAUCAGAGGAACUACUGUGACCGGAAAACCUCAACUCAUUAGCAGAAGCCAGACUCAGUCAGUUCCCACAAUUCGACCUGGUACCAUUUUACAAAAUGCCAUUUCCAUAGGACAAUCUGGACAGAUCCAUUCGUUCAAACCGGGAGCAGCGGGAAUUCAGGCUUUAGGAAAUGCCGUUACUAUAACGCAAGUUUUGCCAAAUCGUACACAAGCAGUUGUCUAUAGUGCAAAUACAGCUCCGCAGUUCAGUCCAACAGCUAGAUUGACAGUACCUAGCGCUACACAGAAUCAAAGACCUCCCCAGCCUAGAACUAUUGGUCAAAUAACUACGACACGUUUGACAGUACCAGUGAAUGUCUCUCAGUCAGGUACACGUUUGGUAACUCCUCAGGCGACGGUUCUUGCUUCUGGCACGAGAAUAUCCACCGUUCCCUCUCAACAAGGUAGUACUCUGGGAUCCGCAACCAGAAUCGUUACGAGUCAGUCGAACGUGUCCCUCGGCAGAGUGUCUGUUGCCGCAGCUCCGACCGCAGUAUCUACCGCCAAUUUAUUGGGGCAGACCAGAAUAUCGGCUGUCAACUUGCAUCCCUUCGUGGCAGUGGCCAAUUCUUCACAGUCGAGGAGUAUUUCUAAUCAGGGCGCUAAAGUUAUCACGCCAGCUCAAGGAACAAUUCAUCUAACUCCACUUUCUACUCCGGUGAAAACAACCUCUGGUGUUGUUAACACUACUACGAGAACAAUAAAUGUGCCAGCAGCCAUAGUGACGCAACAAAGGCAAGCAACUCUAGUUCCUUCAUACUCUCUAGGUAGCGGUACUUACUUUUAUGAUAACAACAUGACCAGUUAUCCAGUUCAGAGUCGCCCGUUCGGUCAGCAGCAAUCGGCUUUUGCUGCGAUCCCCCAAACGUCUCAAUCGCAUAUUAGGCCUCAGGCUAAUACCCAGAUACAUGGAAUUAUGACAAAUCAAAUGAGGUUCAACUCUGUCGUGGUGGUGGAACCGAACCGCAGCGGUCAGCAGCAGUUCCAACCCUCUCACGCCAACGAUCAACAACAACAACUCCAUCACCAGGUCCAGGACCAAGUGCAACAAUCUCAACCUCCGAAAGUAGUUUCUUCUCCGAGACCGAGCAUACUGAGGAAGAGGGAUCACGAAGGAUCACCCUUGAAAGUGGCCAAGAAUCUCAUACCUGUUUUAGCGAAUCUACCAGUACAAUGCUCAGUAUCGGCGGCCCAAGUGCAAUCUUCUCUCGUCUCGAUUUCUCCACCUCUCAGGCCUGACUCUAGGGGUAAUGGGCACAGUUCGGGUGGAAGCACCACCUUAUCAGCAACGUCGAGUCCUGGACUCGCAGAGGUUAACGAGGAUAGCAAUCAUGUUUCAAACAAUAACAAAGAAGAAGAAGAGUCGAAACCACCUUUGGGGAUGAGCCCUAGGAAAAAACCUAGAAAACAACAGUUAACUGGCAAUGACCUGGACGAGAACAACGACGAUAUGCAAUUCAUAUCUGAUAAUCCACCGAAAAAAGAAAACGAAGACUCUGACGUCAACCAUUCAGACGAACCCAAAGAUGGUGCCCCGGAAGCAGGACAAGUGGCUCAAGUUCGCAAGCCCGCUUCGGCCAGUCUCCUGAACAGCUACAAGCAAAACUGGAAGGCCACUCACAAUCAUUAUCUGCGCCAUACGGACGUCAGGCCGAAGGACGAACGGAGGCCGACGAUUAUGGAUCUCGCCAAUCAGUAUAGGGUGCAGGAGAAGGUGAACGGGUGGAAAGUUCAUCAUCUCUCGACGCAAAUGGAGGACCUGGCUGACCAGGAACAAACUGUUUAUGAUCAGUUGACAGAAUUGUUGAAAUGUACUGAGUCUGAAGAGGGCAAGCACUUUGAUAAGGAUGUUAAUAGAAUCAACGAGCUUAUCAAGGGCAAUCUUCAAAGAAUAAAGAUUAUAAACGAUGGCAUGAUAGAAGCGAAAACGUCAAUAAUGAAGAUAUUUGAUCACAAAGUUCACGUGACGGACAUAAUAAACCGAUGUGCCAGUAAACGUAAUUUUAAGAAACGCGAAAAAUCUUAGAUUUGUAAAUAUGUGUUAUGUUCUUUUUAUUAAUAGGUUUAUAUAAUUUUGUAUAAGCGACAAAUAAUGUUUUAUAGUGAUUUUAUAAGAUUCAGAAUUUAUUUAUCAGAUAUAUUUGUAAAUGUGAAAGUUAACAAAAGAAGUUAUUAUGUUGAUGCAAUUUUUGAAUAGAGUGAUGGGAGUGUAAACAUCAAGACUAUUUUGGGACAGGACAGAAUAAAGAUGUUUUUGAUUCA